AUGAACUUUGAGGAGGAAGAGGAGGGAGAGAGGAGAAAGAGAAGGAGGAGGAAGAAACGCUCGGGAAGGGGCGCAGAUGGUGUUGCCACCAUCAUCGUUUCUGGUUCUCUCCUCGUCCGUCUUUACCACGACUACGUCGUCGUCCUCGCACUUUCAUCAUGUCUUCUGUUUUCGUUCUCGUCUUCUCAAAAUCCAAAAUCGUCGUUUACGUCGUUUCCGCUCUCGUCUUCUUCGUCUUUGUCUUCUUCUUCUUCCGUUGCGUCAUCGUUGACGAACGAACGAGGCGCGUCAGCGGCGUUCGAGAAACAACGAAGAGGAGGAGGAGGAGGAGGAGGAGGAGGAGGAGGAGGAGGAGGUUUUUUUUUACUCUUCGCGAGCGCGGAAGAAGAAGAAGACGAAGAAGAAGAAUCGAUGAUGACGAUUGUUCGUUCAAACGGAUGGAUGCGUUGGACGGACGAUCAGUCUGGAAAGUUUUACUUCCAAGAAGAAGCGACGGGCAAAACGCAAUGGGAAGAACCCUCGGGGUGGACGCUGAGCGCGAACGAUGAUGCCUCCGAUGGUGGUCAUAACAAGAACAUCGACGAAAGAGAAGAAGAUGAAGAAGACAAAGAAGAAGAAGAAGAAAAUGCGCCAACGCAAAACGAACGAACUGUGCGAACGAGAGAAGAACGAGAGCGACGCGAAAGAGAAGAACGGCAAGAGCUCGAUUUGUUACAACAACAACAACAACAACAACAACAACAACAACAACGACAACGACAACAAGGAGAACGCGAACUCGAACAACAACGAGAGCAAGAAGAGCGGCGAGUACGAGAAGAAAAAGCACAGAGACAGCGGCGAGAACAAGAAGAAGAAGAAGAAGCGGAGCAACAGCGACAAAUCAAGUUACAAAACCAGCGGCGCGAAGAACAAGAACUGCAGCAACAAACGGCAGCAGCAGCGGUGGCGGCGGCUGCGGCUGAAACUGCCGCACGGGUCGCCGCCGAAAAUGAACAAAAGCAACAACAACAACAACAACAACAACAACAAGCAACGCACGCGUCACCGCCGCCGCGCUCCUCCGCCGCCGAAGUUGAUGGCAACGACAGUAGCAUUCAAGAGAUGAAAAUGCAGCACCACAAACAACUUUCUUCGCAAAAAGAGAAGCACAGGGACCAAAUCGCCGUGUUACAGAAGCAACACGAAGAAGAAAUUGAGAAACACAUUUCCGAUUUGAAAACUGCGCAGAAAGAGCGCGACGAAGCGUCUACGAAAAUGUCCGAAGUUCACGAAAAGCACAACAUUCUGCUCGAACAACACAAUAAGUUGAAAUCGGAGAGUGGAAAGCUGAAGAAGAGAAUCGAAGACACCCUGGCUGCUCACGAGAAAGAACUUGAACGCGUGAAAAGCGAACGCGAUGCGGUUGUCGAUGAAAAGACGAAAAUAGAGGAAGAUUUGAAGGUAUCGUUUACAGAACGAAACGCGAAAGAGAUGAAGCAAAGUGAAGAGUUGAAGAAAUUGAGAGAAGAGUUGAUGGAAAUUCGAUCGUUGUCGAAAGAAUCAAAAGAAGCGAGGGAGCGAAACGAAGAAGCGCUGAAAGGUUCGAAAGAAGAAAUUGAGCGCAUAUCGCGACUGUACGAAGAGGCGAAAGCAAACGCGAGCGAAGCUGAGAAACAGAAAGGAAGUUUUGACAGGCAGUUGGAAGAACUAAAGGUGGAAUACGAGGAUAAGAUGAGGAAGUUGGAAGAGUUAUUAUCGUCGUCUGGAUCUGUAAUCGCCGCUAAUAAGGGAGGGGAAGGAGUAGAAGAAGAAGAAGAGGAGGAGGAAGAAGAAGACGCACCCCGCGAAGAAGAGAAGUCCUCUGUCGACGAAACAGCGGAUGAGGCCACUGGUGAUGACAUUUCCACUGAUGAUGGUGAUAAUAAUAUGCGCGGGUUUUAUAGUGUUGUUGUUGAUGAUGAUGAUGAUGAUGAUGACGACGACGACGACGACGACGAUACGCGUGAAAGUGAGCCUUCAUCAGCAUCGCCCGAUGCCAAGGUUGAUCGCGACGACGUGGACGAAGAGGAGGAAGAAAAGGUAGGUAAUAUGGAAGAAAAAGAAGUAGAGAAAGAUGAUUAUGAGGAGGAGGAGGAGGAGAAGGAGAAGAAGAAGAAGAAGAAGAACGACGCCGAGUAUGCGCGUAAAGAAAAAGAAGAAGAGAAUGCAAUAAAUGCGAAUGGAAGAGAGACAGAGCACGCCGAAAAUGAUGAAUCUAGAGGAGAUAUUGCUGAGGAAGUCGAAGGCGUCGACAACGAUGUCGAUAAUUUCGAAGUGAAAGAAAUCGGAGAGCAAAAAGAAUUCAAUGAGAAUGAAGUUUUGAAAGAAGAAACCGCAGGGAACAAUGCGUCCUCGUCCUUUGCAGACUCUGUUCUCGCGACUAAAGAUAAAAUCGUAGUCGCACUCAAGCCUUUGGAACCUUAUCUCGGUAAGUUUUUGAACAUUCUCUCUGUUGCGCUUAGCGAAGCCACAAGCAAAGCGUGGAAGUCAAAGGAAGGAGUAAAAUUAACGAAAAUUCUAGAAAAGUGCGAGGGAAAACUUCAAGAGUUCCUCGAACGAUACGUCGAUAAGGUUUUCAAGACGAGCUUUGCUCGUGACGAGGUAGUCAUACGACAAAGCGUGAGAGUCAUUGUUUUCGCGCCGCCGUUUCUGACGACGAUUUUUUUUAUGAGCUUCUUUUCGAGCUUUCUGGGAUUGAAUGAUUCGAAGAAAUCUACCGGGACUGUAAAUAACAAUAGCAAUAAAUUCAGUGGCGAUACGAAUGGUAGAAACGAUCAGACAAAGAUGGGCACCGCGCCUCCUCCACAACAGUCGAUUGGUGUUGGCGGUGGAGGAAGUGCUGGAAUGCAACAACAGCGGUACCAGCAAACUCAGAGCGCUUCCGCGAUGAUUAUGAAUCCAAUGAUACCACCGAAUGCAGGAGUCGCUGGAUCUCUCAGCAAUGAUAUUUCGGCUCAAAGUGUCCCUUUUAUUCCCGGAUCCACAACUGUUGCAAACAAUGGUGGCGGAGGUAUGAAUGCCGGUAAUCAUCAUCUGGAUCGUAAUAAUUCUGGCGACAGCACCGCUAGUGGUGGGAAUGGUAUGUCAGGAGGUGGAAUGAAGCAUGAUUUGUCGAGCAACACUUUAAUCGGGAGACCCGGCUCAGGCGAACAUCCACCGCCAACGAUGAUGGGAGAUUUAGCGACUGCGGGCGUAUCAUCGAGGGAUAACGACGACGCGUAUAAGGCUCCGCCGAAGUUGGGUGUGCCGCACGGCGAAAUCAAUAACACGGCGAUUAGUCCGACAGCAGGCUCAAUUCCUCCGAGCGCAAACCUUUUCGUACCCUCGCCAGCUACCUCACCUCGCGCGACAGCAAUGGGCGGUGGUAGUGGUGGUGGCGUGGACGCAACGACGGCAACGGCAACGAAUAUGUCAUCAUCAUCUGUUGUACCAAUCUUACAGAAUCCUCCAAUACCGCAACUUGACAGAGCAUUAACGCUGACUUCUCCGAUGCAAGAGCAGAGAUUGAACAACACCGAUGGGGACGUGGAUGCAGAAAUAAAAGGUGGAGAGAUUGUGCCUCCUCCACCAAUCAUUCCCGUUGGCGCGAAGAAAAAGCAAACAAAGCCGCCGGCGUGGGCCAAAAAUGCUCGAGGCGCGCAAGUCGGCACUAUUCCACCCUCGAUCAACGAUCCAUCAAAGAUUGAUUCGUCAUCGCCGCCGCCGCUGCCGCUACCGCAGCAAGAACAGCAGCAAACAUACCAACCGCCAUCAACACAUCAACACCAUCCACCAGGAUCAGUAAUAACUCCUCAGCAAUCUAUGUCUGCGCAAACGAUUCAUCCGCCCCCUGGCGGUGGCAGCACUCGAUCUCGUCCACCGCCGGGGGUGCCGAUACUGAGGAAGAGCGUUAGUACAGGAAGCAAGGUAAAUCCCACAUCUAGAGGCCCGCCCCCUGGCGUGAAAGUACUUUCGCGUCCUCCUCCAGGAAUUUCGCGUGCGCCUCCUCCUACCCCUCCGCCGUCUGGUUGA